AUGCCUCCCAAGAAGACCACCCGUCCCGCCCAGGAGAACAUCUCCCUCGGACCCCAGGUCCGUGAGGGUGAGCUCGUUUUCGGCGUCGCCCGUAUCUUCGCCUCCUUCAACGACACCUUCGUCCACGUCACCGAUCUGAGUGGCCGCGAGACCAUCUGCCGUGUCACCGGUGGCAUGAAGGUCAAGGCCGACCGCGACGAGUCCUCCCCCUACGCCGCCAUGUUGGCUGCCCAGGACGUCGCUGCCCGCUGCAAGGAGCUCGGCAUCACUGCCCUGCACAUCAAGAUCCGUGCUACUGGCGGUAACGGCACCAAGACCCCCGGCCCCGGUGCCCAGUCUGCCCUCCGUGCCCUGGCCCGUGCCGGCAUGAAGAUCGGCCGUAUCGAGGACGUCACCCCCACCCCCUCCGACUCUACCCGCAGAAAGGGUGGUCGCCGUGGUCGCCGUCUCUGA